AUGUCUGGGCGCGGAAAAGGAGGCAAGGGCAACUACGUGGAGCGAGUAGGUGCCGGUGCCCCCGUCUACUUGGCGGCCGUACUCGAGUACCUGGCUGCCGAAGUGCUGGAGCUGGCAGGAAACGCGGCCAGGGACAACAAGAAAACUAGGAUCAUCCCUCGACACCUGCAGCUGGCCAUUCGCAACGACGAAGAGCUCAACAAGCAGCUGUCCGGCGUUACCAUCGGGCAAGGAGGUGUCUUGCCCAACAUCCAGGCCGUCCUCCUUCCAAAGAAGACCGAGAAGAAGGCGUAA